AUGGGAAGAGACAAACAGCUUCAGGAGAAAGACAGACGUCUGACAGAAAAUACACAAACACUUCAGAAGAAGGACAAGACACUGGAAGAGAAGGAGAAACAGCUCAAACAGACAAGAGCUGAACUGGACAAAACAAUGAAGGUGUUAGAAGACAGUCAGCGACACGUGGAGGAGAAAAACACACAACUAGAGAAUCUGAACAAACUGCUGAAGGAGAAAGAAACACAGCUGAAGAACAACGAUAAAGAGCUGGAAACCAGUACAAAUAAACUGGACACACUGGGACAGGAGCUGCAGGACAAGCAGAGACAACUACAGGACACCAUGAUCAUAGUGGAGCAACAGAAAUCUGAGUUAGCAGGAAAACAACAACAGCUUGAAGAGAAAGAGAUUCUUCUAACUGAGAGAGAGACACAGCUAAUGGGAAGAGACAAAGAGCUUCAGGAGAAAGACAGACUUCUGACAGAAGGUCCUAAGAUCCUGGAACCGAAGGGUACACAAUUAAAACAGGAGAAAAAACAAAAAGAAAAAGAAGGAGAAAAAGAAGGAGAAAAAGAAGAAGAAGAAGCAAACACAGGGAAUGAAAAAUUCCAUAAGACAAAACCUCAUCUGGAAUUAGACAGUAAAUCAGAGGAAAUGGAACACCAACAGGUUGAGGAUAUUAGAUUCCUCCAAGUUGAGUGAGACAGAUUUUGUUUCUUACAGCCAGGUUUUAAAAGUAAUGUAAAAAAUAAAAGCUAUCAAUCAACCAACCAGUCAUUCAACAAAACCAAUCACUGUGUGUGUGUGUGUGUGUGUGUGUGUGUGUGUGUGUGUGUGUUGUAUAGAACUGAGUAAAAGAACAAGAGUCAAUGAAGAGAAAGAUGAAGAACUUAAUAACACAAAAAUAAAACCAAAGAAAAUGAUAGUGAGUAAUGAGACACAGGAAGGAAAAAAUACUCCACAUGAGAAAAAUCAACAGCUGAACAAAAUAGAAAUUGUUGAGGAAAUUCUGAAAAGAAAUGAGAUGAAUAAAAAAUUAGCUGAAGAAAAUGAAGAGGAUUUAGAGUGUUUAAAGGAGAUGAUAAUCAUAUCGGAGAAACAGAAAACUGAUUUAGAGGAAAAAAACAGAGAUCUUUCAGGGCAACUGGAAGAAAAAGAGAGACAACUGAAGAGUGUGGUGAAAGAACUGGAUAUUAAACUCACAGAAAGAGAUAAACAACUUCAGGAGAAAGUCAGACUUCUGACAGAAAAUACACAAACACUUCAGAAGAAGGACAAGACACUGGAAGAGAAGGAGAAACAGCUCAAACAGACAAGAGCUGAACUGGACAAAACAAUGAAGGUGUUAGAAGACAGUCAGCGACACGUGGAGGAGAAAAACACACAACUAGAGAAUCUGAACAAACUGCGUAAGGAAAAAGAGAGUCUUCUGGCCGAAGGUCCUAAGAUCCUGGAACCGAAGGGCACACAAUUAAAACAGGAGAAGAAACAAGAAGAAGAAGAAGAAGAAGAAGCAAACACAG